ACUCAGGGAGGGCAGUGCAGACCUGGGAAUUUCUCUGAGUCCUAGGCUCUCCCCCAAUUCAUUUCCCACCCUGUGCCGCCCUGGUCUGCGCCCAGAGCCAGUUCCCGCCCCUAGUAGCAGCCUCCACGCUGGCGCUGGCAGACACUGAGGCCAUGGAGGUGACGAUGCUGCAGGACUGGUGCAGGUGGAUGGGCAUCAGCGCCCGCAGGGGCCUGCUCAUCCUGGGCAUCCCGGAGGACUGUGACGAAGACGAGCUGCACGAGUCCCUGGAGGCCUCCCUGUGGCAAAUGGGCCACUUUGAGGUGCUGGGCAAAGUGUUUCGAGAGGAGGACAAUGCCAGUGCGGCCCUGGUGGAGCUGGACCGGGAAGUCAACUAUGCUUUGGUUCCCAGGGAGAUCCCAGGCAUCGGGCGUCCCUGGACCGUGGUCUUUGUGCCCAGAUGCUCAGGGGGGGACUUCCUGGGUCGCGUGUUCCACUUCCUGGAGCAACAGGAGCAGACUGUGGAGAGCGUGGCCGAAGCCCUGGGGCUGGGGCUGCGCAAGGUGUGCUGGCUGAGGUCUGUCAGUCAGGCCAUCCAGCCCUGGGUGGAGACAGUGCGGUACCAGCCCCUGGGGGUGUUCUCAGGGAGGGACCAGCCAGCCCCGGGGGAGGAGUCCUUUGAGGCCUGGCUGGACCACACCACUGACAUGCUGCUUGUGUGGCAAGGGGUCUCAGAAAGGGAGAGGAGGAGGCGGCUGAUAGAAGGCCUCCGAGGGACGGCCCUGCAGGUGGUGCACGAGCUGCUGGUGGAGAACCCUGCCAGGACGGCCCAGGAUUGCCUGGCCGCCCUGAUCCAGGUGUUUGGAGACCACGAGUCCCAGGCCACCCUGCGGCUCAAGUGCCUGACCGCUUACCAACGGUCAGGCGAGACUCUCUCCGCUUUCGUGUUGCGGCUGGAAGUCCUGCUACAGAAAGCCAUGCAGGAGGGGGCCCUGGACAAGGCCUCAGUUGACCACUUGCGUGUGAAGCAGGUGCUCACCAGGGCCAACAUCAUUGAGCCGCUGCGAGAGGUCCUGAGAAGGCUGGGCAUGGUGGGGAGGUGUCCAACUUUCCUGGAGAUGCUGGGGCUGGUUCAUGAGACUGAGGCAUGGGAGGCCAAAAUAACCAGGAGCCUGAGAGCCCAGCCGGCACAAGGGGCUGCUGCCAGGGCCAGUGCCCAGGCUGAUGAUAGAGCCAAAGCUCAGGCCGAGGGUGACAAGGUGGUGGAGAAGCAGCAGCUGCAGGAGAAUAGUGACAACCGUGCCCCUGCCCUUGCAGGCCUGGGUCAGACAGGGCCCUCAGAGGCCCCUGGGGGACCUAUGCCUGCCCACAUGGGCAGUGCUUCCGGGGCAGGUCCAGGAGGUCCUGGCACUGUGCCAGAGGGCCUGGCCCAGGCGGGAGACCAAGAGGCUGUGGAACACCCCCAGGAGGGGCUCAAGCCCAUCCCGGAGGAGUCGGAAAGUGAGGACGGGGCUGGGGAGCUGAGCCCCCCCAUGUCUUCCCCUGGAAAAUAGGCUCACAAGGCCCGGCGCCCUCCUCUCCUUUCGGGCAGCAGAGCCCUGGAGAGGGGGAAGUGGGGGAAGCCAGGCCAGGGCAACCUCCUCACCCCACAUGGGGAGCAGGGCCCAGGGAAGGGCCCGCCCAGCUCAUACCAUACCCCUUACUCCCCCAUCAUGCUAUGGGGGCCUGACCACCACCAUCAGCUCUUCCAAGUCACCAAGCUGACCAUGUUUGACACCCAAUGGGAUGGGGAGAGGUGUCCCCACAUGGUAGCAACACACCUGGCCUCAACCCCAACCCCUACCAACUUGGGCAGCUGGCCUGGGAGCACCGCCGAGCAGCCCAUCUCAGCCUAGGAGAGGGGUACCUGAAGACAUCUGCCACCCGUGUGGACUUGGAGACUUUAGAGCCCACCACAGGGGUGCCACUUUUGGGGACUCCCAUUCUCCAUCCCCUGGGAGACCCCAACUCAUUUCUCUAUAGGCCCAUAGUGACCCAUGUGUCAAGUAAUCACCCCCCUCCACACACACACACACACACACACACACACACACACACACACACGCCAUGGCUCCUGUGCAGAACCACCUGGUGUGUGUGAACCCAGGUGG